CGACGCGCGGUCACCACCAUCGCCGCGUCCAUCGCCAUCGCCGGUCUCGUCGCGUGCGCGGACGCCAAGCCGAGCAAACCGAUCGCGCGCGCGGUGAAAUCUGACGUCAAGUUCAUCAAGUGUGAAGUGUGCGAACACCUCGCGGACGCCGUGACGCAGGAGUACGCCGCGCUGCGCGAGGAAACGCCGGAGAAGAAACUCACGGAGACGAUGGUGAUCGAAAAGAUUGAAAAAAUGUGCGACCCGAGCGCGAAGGAGGGCGAUUGGAUCAUCACGAAGGACUUGCAAGAGAAGGGCUCGAGGUUGCGCGUGGUGGACAUGGGUAAAGAAAACUACGGAGAGUGCGGAAAGGAGUGUAAGACGAUCGUGAAGGCGUGUGAGGACAUUCUUGGACCGCGGGAUACGGACGUGGGUGAGUUUUUGUACACGUCGAACGCGGGCGACUUGAGAGGGGCGCUGCGCGAGUGGUUGUGCGAGGAGGAGACAAACUCGUGCGGAGGCAAGAUACCGCCGUUGCCGAGCGAUCGGCCGAAGGGAGAGAAGUUCAAGAAGAGAGACAAGAAGGAUGUCGAAAUGGAGCGAUUGAUGGCGGGAAUGAAGGGUAUGCCGGGCAUGGGCGGCGCGCAAAUGUUCAGCCGCGAUCAGAUGAUGGGCGGCAUGGGCAUGGGCGGCGACGACGACGACGACGACGACGACGAG